AUCAAAUAAAUUCCCACAGUCUCUACCUUCAUGAUUUGAGCUGCUUCUUUUAGAUGAAGCAUUUCUGAGAAAUAAAAUGAUCUAAUAAAAUGAUCUGCCAAAAUUUGUUUCAUGAAGUCAAUCACUGGCAGUUCACAAUGGAAAUAUUAUCUUUAAAAAGUACACAAAGCAGUUUCCUGUAAUUGAGAAGAACUCCUUUGGGACAGCAGAGGGAGCCUUUGGAGGGAAGGAGAACACAAAACAUUUAAUGGGGAAUUCUUCUUUGGGUUAUCUGGAGUGCUGAGGAGGUGGGUUGUGAUCCCUCCCCCUUCUACUAUAAAUCAGGCCCAGGGCUGAAUGAAAGAAAGCACAUUAACUUUUUUUACUCUCUUGGAGCUCUUUGAAAGUUCUUCAUAAGUGGACAGCAUGAAUUCAGCUUUACUGUUGACUUUGCUUCUACCAGUUGCAGUUGUUUCCCAUGUACUGGACCUGCCAUCCAAUGUUCUGUUCAAAGUGGGCGACAGAAGAAAUUUGACUUGCAGCAUGUCAUCUUGCCCAGAGAAGGUGAAGUUUGUUUGGCGCUCAUUGGAAGACAAACCGUUAUUCGCUGCUAUUAAAUCACAAGACAAAGAAUCUGUGCUGAUCUUUGACAAUGUGAUGAAAGAUCUCGAAAACAGCAUAGUGUGCAAAGCAACCUGUCAAAAGGAGACAAAACAGGCGACAACAAAGAUUAAAGUUUAUUCUUUUCCAAGUAACCCAGUUAUAUCCGGAUAUGAUCGCUUGAAACUGGGCGAGGAAAAUAUCUUGGGCUGUGAAGUGUCUUCUGUAUACCCUUCGGAGUUCCUUAAAGUGCAGUGGCUCUAUGAAGACAAAGUUCUUCAGACUCAUGAGGAAGAACCUGAGAGAGGAGUUCAUUACAAAUUCACACCUUCAAGUGAGGAUGAUGGGAAGGCAAUAACAUGCAGAGCAUCACUCAAUGUUAAUGGUAUACCACCUGAUGAGAAGAUCAAGGAGACGUCUGUAAACAUGACAGUUCUCUCUGCACCGCAUAAUGUUAAAGUAUCUGGAGCGACCGCCGUCCCGCUGGGAUCCAGUUUAAAUUUGACCUGUGAGGCCGAGGGCAAGCCAAAGCCUGCGUUUACAUGGACUGCUCUUAAACCAGAUGGCCAGUCUGUGGAAAUGGGAAAACAUCAAGAUCUCUUUGUACAUAAUGUGUCCUUAUCAGAUGCUGGUACUUACCAGUGUGACAUUAGAAAUGAAUUUGGAAACCAAAGGGCCAGCGUUUCAGUAGUUGUUGAAGCACCUCCUAUGGAUACCCUCAUUGAAGCGAGUCCACAAUCCAUUCUGAAGGAAGGAGACUCUGUGAGCAUUUUCUGCAAGUCCAGCGGAGUUCCAGUGACACGUGUGGUGCUCAGCAGGAGGGUGGAUGGUGAAAAAAAAGAGCUAAUGUCUAGUGAAGGUGCUGAAACAUCAGUUCCCCUCUUCUCUGUCAAGCUGGCCGACUCUGGCGUGUUUGUGUGUGAGGCUAUCAAUGAGUAUGGCAGGCAGGAGACCACUCUCAAUCUAACUGUCGAAGCUCAUUUGCUAGAAGUGGUGCUAACACCAAAGAUACUGGUGUUGGAGAGAGGCUCCAGCCUGGUCCUCUCCUGUCAGGCUUCAGGUUGCCCUCAACCCAAGUUCUCCUGGAAGAAUCUUUCAAAUACACCGAAACUCAGGCUUAUUGAGACAGAUGGCUUCCAGUCCCAGCUGUCUGUCAAUCUAGUAGAGUUGGAAGACGAGGGAACUUACCUUUGUGAGGUCACAUGUGGCUCAAUCAAGAAGUCCAAACAGACAGAAGUGAAGGUGUUUUCAUUUCCAAGUCCUGUCGUAACAAACUCUGGACCUUCUCUAGUGGGAGAGAUAAUGAAAUUGACCUGCACUGUUCAGGAAGUUUUCCCGGCCAACCUUUUCCAAAUCCUGUGGAUGGAUGGAGAGAGAGAAAUGCUUUCGGGAACUGGGUCAUUUUCAAGUGGUACUACAAAUCUGACUUCAGUGUAUUCUUACCACGUAGACACUGGAGACCAAGACAAACGCAUCACCUGCAAAGUUUUGCUGGAAAUGCAUGGUGUGCCAGCUGCUCAAGCAGUAAAGACAGCAUCUACUACAUUGUCCAUUCACUAUCCCCCGAGAGUGACCAGGAUCACUGUGAGCCCACUGACGGAGUUGAAGGAAGGAGAAUCCAUGAAAAUUUCUUGCCUAUCUGACGGCUUUCCAAAGGGGCGUACAGUGCUGAAGAGGGUGGUGGAUGGCAUACAAACAGAGUUAACAGCCAGUGAUGGGCUUGAAACAUCGUUUGCCAUUCCUUCGGUCGAGCUGGAUGACUCUGGCAUCUAUAUUUGUGAAACUUCUAACAAGUAUGGAAGCCACAAUGAUAGUGUGGAGAUUACCGUGAAAGCACCACCCAGGAAUAUGACAGUGGAGAUCUUUCCAUCCACGGAUGUUCAGGAGGGGCAGAAUAUCACCAUCUGUUGUCGCUCUGUGAGCUUCCCUCCUCCUGCGGUGGUCCUCAGUAAGCUGGAUAGUGAGAAAAAUGUCUACUCUCUUGAUGGUGUAUUCCUACUGAUCAACCUCACGCCCAACGACACAGGCUUAUAUCAGAUCAAUGUCACCAACUAUCUGGGCUACGAGACAGAGAUUUUUAAUAUCAAUGUGAUGGAGAAAAGAGUCAACCCUCCGUUAGACUGGAAUGAUUUUUUAAUGCCUGCGACUUACCUGGGAGUUGCUACUGCGAUGCUCGGUGUUGUGGUGUUACGUGUUGAGCGCUAGAAAGAAGGGAUCAUAUGACCUUACCAAAUCCAACCCAAGUACCGUGUAGGCUGUGUUUACAUUCCAUGGACUGUUAUGGAAGCAGCUACGCUCGGGGUGAACUGUCUUGUCGGGGCCAAGGGCCUCCCUAAAGCAAGAACUGCAGGUGACUGGAUUCAUCACCUUGAACAUCAGGUGACAAUAACCCAGCUGGAUGGGAACCUGCAUUCCCCACAGCAAGAGACAAUCAAUGUGACCGUGAUUUCCCGUGCAUCCCCAGAGAAAGGAAAUCGAACCAGUGCGGUUCCUUUGUGGUCUUUGUGUUGGGAAGUGUAAGCUGUUUUUGAGACCACCUGGUCUGCACUUAAAGAAGUUUUAAGGUGUGAAAUUCUAAAUUGAAAUGCAAACUUUGAAACAUAUGUUUAAACAUAUUAGCAUUAAGAGAAAAUAGAGCAUUUUUUUUAGCAUUAAGAGAAAAAAACCUAGCCAACAUUUUUUAAUUGAACUGUUUGGUACAUUUUCAUGUCUGUAACAGUCUCAUGGAGCCUAUUGUGUCCUAAAAAGUCUAUAUGUAAUUGUGGGAAAUCUUGUCAAAUGCUUUCAUUU